UUUUGAUUCGCCGUCGCGCCGUUGACAAUUGACAUUCAAUCGCUUUUUCCAUUUGCUUUUUAUUUUCUGCCCUCCUGCUUUAAGUUUCUCCUUUGGCCCGGCGUCAAAAUGCUUUUUGAAUAUUAAACAGCGGCAGCAAGCGACGAACUGCAAAAAUUCGAGAAGCAGCUAACAAAAAUCAAAAAUCACUGUCGAUUUGAAGGGAGUGUGUGGAAAUUACUACCACAAGCACCCAAAACAAUAAGCAGAAGCGCGACAACGCCGGCAGAGGCAGAGACGGCGAUUGUGCGACAAAGGCAGAAACCCGGAGGAGAAUCAGAAACUAAUCAGCCGGCACAGGCAAUAGGCUACAAAUCCAUAUAGUGCCAGCAAUCGGAACAAUUCGAAAUGGAGGAGAACAACUCCCGUACGCUGUGCCUGCUCGGCGGCUUGGCCAUCGGCAUAGUGGGCUUCCAGGUGUUCCGCAAGGUCCUGCCCUGGAUUUAUGCGAAUGUGGUGGGACCCAAAGUGUUUGGAUCCUCAGUGAAUCUAGCCAAGAUGGGCGAGUGGGCGGUUGUCACCGGAUCCACCGAUGGAAUUGGCAAGGCCUACGCCAAGGAGCUGGCUCGCCGGGGCCUGAAACUGGUGCUGAUCAGUAGAUCACUGGAUAAGCUGAAUGCGGUGGCCAAGGAAAUAAGCGACAAAUAUGGCGUGGAGGUGCGUGUGAUCGACGUGGACUUCACCGGCGGUGCCGAUAUCUACGACAAGAUCCGCGAUAAGACCAACAGCCUGGAUAUCGGUGUGCUGGUCAACAAUGUGGGCAUCAGCUACAGCCAUCCCGAGUACUUCCUCGAUUGCUACAAAGCCGAUCCGCAGUUCUUGCGCAACAUUGUCUCGGCCAAUAUUCAUUCGGUUACGCACAUGACCGCCCUUUUCCUCCCCGCCAUGGUCGCCAAGGGUCGCGGCGUGAUCAUCAACCUCUCCUCCACCGCUGGCGUCAUUCCCAAUCCCCUGCUGAGCGUGUACAGUUCCACAAAGGCCUUUGUGAACAAGUUCAGCGACGAUCUGCAAACGGAGUACAAGAAUCAGGGCAUACUCAUACAGAGCGUGCAGCCGGGCUUUGUGGCCACCAAUAUGUCAAAGAUCCGCAAGGCCACCAUCUUUGCCCCCUCACCGGAGACGUAUGUGCGCUCCGCCCUGUCCACUUUGGGUAUUGCCGGCCAGACGGCUGGCUACCUGCCCCAUGCCCUUCUUCAGCUGGUGAUUCACUUUACGGAGGCGGUGUUCGGAGAGCAGUUUGCCCGGAAUGUGGUGCUCAAGAAUAUACUGGGCACCCGGAAGCGGGCACUGCGUCGCCUGACCAAGGAACAGUAGGAGAGCGCCGGUGCUGCCUUUUGGAGUAUUCCCCGUCGGAGAAGGAGGCAUUUAUUUGGAGUCGGAGAUUGGGGCUGGGCAUGUGGGAGAGGGAAUCCGGCUAGUAGUCAUAGCUAAGCAAGUGUCACCUCACGAACAAACAGAACAAAAGAAGGCUUAAGUACCAAAAACAACAACAGUAAUUCUAGUUAGUUUCUUUGUCAAUGAAUUAACAUUCGAAAUUCGCAAUUUGCCACAGCACACAGCCAUGUCAUGUGUCGGAAAGAAUAAUAAAGUGUGCAACUAAUUAGAUAAAUAAAUACAUCUAUAGUUUCUGUUUAAUAAA